UUCAAGUUCACAUUUUAGCGCACGAAACAAAAUCAAAGGCGGUGGCGGACGCUUUAGCUGUGUUGAGAAUUCGCGUCCGUUGAAAAUGUAAAAAAAUUGUCCGAAAACAAUGCACAAUGCGUCGUAUUAUUGCCGUCACUCGCGUCACGUUUGGAAUUACCACCUCGAUUCUGGUAUUCGCGAGCUUUUCUCACCAGCAGUCGAGCUGUGAGAAUCAACCGGUCCGACAAUCCGGUAAAAAUCCAUAUUUAUCGUCCGAUGGAACUGGCGAUGAUGAAAAUGUAUCUCAAACAGGACAAAAUCAAGCUGAAGCAAUCGACUCGUGGGAAGAAAGAGACAGACAACGACUGCUCCACGACAUAGAAAAGAAGAAAAAUCUCAUCAUGUUCGGACUGGAUAGCACUGAUAUGGACGAUCAUUCAUUGCGAAUGCUGGUCGUUCAAAUGUUACAAGCUACGGAAAUAAAUUUCGAAUCUUCCGAAGUGGUAUCUAUCCAAAAGCUGCCCAAAAACAGAUUCCCACACCCGCCCAUUUUAGUGAAAUUGAUAUCAGGCAGUCUGCAAUCGAUGAUCAUACGAAAUAAGGUAAAACUGCAUCAGUACAACAUCAGAUUAGAGCACGAUUUGGAUUCGAAAACUAUUCGCAAACAAAAACGUUUGCUGCCUCUGCGAAACAAAUUACUCGAAGCGCAUUUGCCGCAAGUUUUCAUCAGAUAUGGUAAACUUUUCGUUAACAAUCGAGUUCUCAACAGCCAAGAAGUCGAGCAAUAUGCUCAACAGUACGGUGUGAAAUUAGCACCUCGAAGUCGUCGUUGAUACUGUAUACAAACACGACUUACUCUUAGUCAUCGAGAGAGGCUUCAACAUUAUAGAGCUAUCGAAUACAACGAGUAGAUAGAUAAGCUCGAAUAUUUCGGCAACUGAUCGAGAAAGUGUCGAUUCGAUUUCAUCACCGCCUCGUUCGCCUUGUUCCGGCGCACUUUCAUUUUCGAAUAUCCUUAUUUUAAAUCUUGUACAUGUAAAUAGAAUUUUCCAUUAUAUUAUUAUCGCCGA